GUCCCCUCCCCGCGCCGCCGGGAAGGCGAGGGGCGUGGCCGGGCGGUGGGUCACGUGGCGCGGACAUGCGGCUGCUGGAGAAGCUGCCGGCCGAACGGGCCGCCAAGUUCUUUCACAAAGUAGUUGAUGGUAUAUGUGGCCGUGCAUAUCCUCGAUACCCAGAUUAUACCAGUGUUUGGAAUUUGACAGAAUGGAUGGAGAUUGUAGAAGAAACAGCAACAUAUUUCAAGACUACAGUUGGCAAAAAUUUGUCAGAUGAAGAGGCUGGUCAGCAGUUGAAUGAAUUGAAUUCAAGUUAUCAAGAAGCAAUCAUAAAGUGCUUGAAAGCCAGAAAGGAAGAUAUUGGGCGUGCACUGGUAGAAAAAAUAAAUGCAAUUUCUUCUGCACAGCUACAGGAUUUUGACUGGCAAUUAAAGCUUGCUCUUUCCAGUGAUAAGAUCUCCAUGCUGCAAAUGCCACUUCUCAACCUUGAUCUGGAUGUGAGAGAAAAUGGUGAAAUUAAGCCAGUCUCCAUAGAAAUGAAUAAGGAAGAGCUACAGAAUCUAAUAAACGCACUGGAAGCAGCUAAUAAGCUGAAAUGAUGAUUCUGAUGAUCAGAAGCAAGACACUGGUUCCAUAAGAGACUGAAAAAGAAUUAGAGAUGAACUCUGCAAAAUGAAAGAGUAAUCAUGCUGUUAAAGGACUGAGUUGAACUGGCAGUGAGAUACAAGACCAGAAGAGGUCUCAGACUUGAUGGAAAUAGAAAAAUCUAGUAACCGUUAGACCAAAAGCGUAUCCACAGUUGCCUUACAGAAAAUGCUGAAAGCUAUGUAGACUUAUGACACUAUUGUAGCAUUUAUGAAAUGGUAAGAGGCACGUUCUGUUUUGUUGAACUUUGUCAGAUAUUUUUGCCAAUCUCCACACACUUGCUUUUGUUCAGAACAAGAAUUUUUGCCUCCACAAUAUCUUAUUACAAGGUAAUAUCUAAACUGCUGACAUGGGAAGGAUAAAUACAGCAGUAUCUUGUAACGUAAGUUUUACACUUGUAAAUAGCAAAGCAAUAAACAGUUGCUGCUUCGUAUGGAUAA